AUGGCGAAAAACUGCCCAAAUGCUCGUUUUUUAUUUAAUGGUGACGAUGAUAUUUUUGCUAACACAGACAACAUGGUUUUGUAUCUCCAAAGCCUUGAAGACAAUGAUGGGAGCAAGCACCUCUUCACUGGUAAUGUGAUGAGGAAUGUUGGACCCUUGAGAUUUGCCUGGAGCAAGUAUUAUAUCCCAGUUCAGGUGUAUGAAUCCAAUAGUUACCCCCCUUAUUUAGAAGGUGGAGGCUACCUUCUGUCCAGCUAUACAGCUUUGAUGAUAUAUUAUAUGUCUUAUACUGUCAGCCUUAUUCCUAUUGAUGAUGUUUACCUUGCCAUUUGUUUGGCCAAAGCUGGACUUGGACCUACGCAUCAUCUGGGUGUGAGGACCAGAGGGAUGUACAUUCCCUCCAAACAACUAGAUCAGCAUGACCCUUGCUAUUAUAAGGAGAUUUUAUUGGUACAUGGUUUUGCUCCACAUUCUCUGUUCAUUAUGUGGCAAAGCGUGCAUGACCCCAAUUUGAAAUGUGAACAUUUAAGGAAAUCAAGUGAACCUAUAAUUCCAGGAAAAAAAACUAUCAAGAAACCUGAAGUUAUUGUAACAACUGACGAGCCCCAAUCAGCAAUGAUACACAAUUAAAUUAAAUAACACACAUAAACCCCUUCCCACCCCCGAAGAGGAGGCUCUCAGUUGGGUUCACAGGAAUAUGUUUGACAGCUACUUUAGAGAUUAAAUUAAGUUACACAACAUGCUAACAACUGAGCACCGUACACACUGAGUAGACACAGGUAG